CCACUGCUUUAUUUUUUAUAAAACAGUGAAAAUCGAAUGCUUUCCCAAUGCUCGAUACAUAAGGAAUGCCACCUGUGGCAUAAAGGCAGUCAGUCGCUACCGAUCGCACACGAAUAUGGAAUGUGAUAUUGUGGAUCGUUUGAAAAAUGUUUCGCUUCAUUUGCAACUAUUUUUGCGAAAUACCGCCAAUCAUUAUAAGCCAUUUCUGGUCAAUGUCACCGCCAAUUUGUGCAAAAUUCUGGAUAGACGAAACUUUCCCGCUUAUACAACAAUCGUUAUGAAUAUACUAAAAGAAGUAUCGAAUGAGAAUCAUAGUUGUCCAUAUACGAAACGCCUGGUGAUUAAAAAUCUCUUUAUUGAUGACAAGUUUUUACCCAUUGAACCACCCUUGGGACUCUAUAAGGGCGUUUUCCAUUUCUUCGAAGGAUUCCCCUUCGAUGAUAUAG